UCGGUAUACAUCGGCGUGGUCAUUCGGUAACCGAUGAACGGCAUAUGAACCAAGUCUUGAGACAUCGAAGGGCGGUUUACUUUGUUAAUGAAAAUGGUAUUCGGUGUGUUUAAGGUGUAGUGUGUUGUGUAUAGAAUAAGAAAAAUUUUGUGCAGUAUUUGUUUAACGAUUAUUAAUAAAGUGAAACGUCAUUAAAUACAAGAAUUAUUGACAUUUAAAACUUGAACAAUGGAUAUUCUAACAAAUAUUUCUUCAACAUUUUGGUCACCUGAUAUUUGGUUACCUCCGAAUACGACGUGGGACGACAUAGCGCCGAAUUCAACGAAUAAAUAUGCCGACUAUAGACACUUAUUAUAUCCAAUUCCAAUGGCCUUUAUUCUUUUGGGAAUCAGAUAUGCUGUCGAAAGGUAUUGCUUUAGUCCAGUUGGAAAAUGGCUUGGAAUAAAAACAAAUCGUAGCAAGAAAGCACAGCCUAAUCCAGUAUUGGAAAAAGCCUAUGGAAACAAACAGAUUAAACAUAAACAGAUAUUAGCCUUGGCGAAGCAAGUAGAUUGGACUGAACGACAAGUAGAAAGAUGGCUGAGGUUACGACGCUCUCAAGACAGGCCGUCGACACUUACAAAGUUUUGUGAAAACAGUUGGAGAUGUUUGUAUUAUUCGUAUUCAUUUAUUUAUGGUCUCGUUGUCUUAUGGGACAAACCAUGGCUGUGGGAUAUAAAGCAUUGUUAUUAUAAUUAUCCAUAUCAUGCAGUAACAAAUGACAUUUGGUGGUAUUACAUGGUAUCAAUGGCAUUUUAUUGGUCACUCAGUUUCUCUCAAUUUUUCGAUGUAAGGCGUAAAGAUUUUUGGCAAAUGUUUGUCCAUCAUAUAGCAACAAUUGUUCUUAUGUGCUUUUCCUGGGUGGGAAACUUGACUAGAAUUGGAUCUCUUGUUCUCGUUGUACAUGAUUGUGCUGAUAUUUUCUUAGAGGCUGCAAAAAUAGCAAAGUACGCCAAAUACCAAAGAGUGUGUGACUUUGUAUUUGUAAUUUUUACAAUUCUAUGGAUUGUCACGCGUAUGGGAGUUUAUCCUUUUUGGAUUAUUUAUAGUACGUCCAUAGAAGCACCUAAGUUAUUACCAAUGUUCCCUGCGUAUUAUAUUUUCAAUUCACUGCUAUGUUUAUUAUUAAUCCUCCACGCUUUUUGGACAUGGUUAAUAUUGAGGAUAGCAUACAAUGCCUUUUAUGCUGGCCAAAUGGAAGGCGAUAUUCGAAGUGACAGUAGCGAAGACAUUUCUGAUCUUUCAGUGAAUAAUACACCAGUUAAUAGUUCUGUAAAUCACUCUAGUAAACAUAAUUCUAAGCAAAAGUCAAACUAACGAAAAAACAAAGACCUAUUCACUCUAGGUACAAAUCAGUUUUUUUAAAUUAUAUAAAAAAUUCAGUUUAGUUUUUACGAUAAAGAAAAAAAUCUCAAAUGAUUUAAUUUUCUUUUAUUAUGGAGAUGUAAUAAUUGAUAACUACUCCUUAUUUUGGUAUUUUCAGUAAAAUGUGUUACAAUUUUUUUUUUUUUUUUUUUUCUUUUUGAUGCACCAAAUUUUAUUUUAUCUUUGAUAUUUUUAUGACCGAUAAGCGCUUUUAUACGAGAAGAAAAAAACUAGUUGGAGUUAGAUACUUACAUUUGUCAUUCAUUCAUCCAACCAAAAGAUCAUAAUUGUCAUUAAGUAGACGUAAUAAAGUAUUAAGUUAAUUUCA